AUGAAUACAAAGAAAUUGCGCAGCUUAUCCCAAGGAAACACUGUAAAAGUUGAUUUUAUCAAAAAGAACAAAAUCAGCAUCUCCAUUAUGGCAAAAAAGGCGAAAAAAGCCCCAAAAACUAAACGAGCAAGCCAUCUACAAGGCUCUCCUGGGUAUAUCCAAACAACCCUGAAAAGUUUUCGAAGGUCUUCUAGUGCAGACAAUUUUUUAAAAAAUAAAAUAACAAUUGAUUUUGAUGAGCAUACUUCGCAACAAGAAGAAGUUUUAGGAUCUUUAAUGUCACCUGUGCUAGAAGUCGAUUCCCCAAAAAGCCUUACUUCAGCUUCCCCAAAUCAAAUUAUUGGCCAAAAUGAAUUGUGCCGCCAAAACAUGGAUACCUACACAAUAGAUCAAAUUUUAGAAAGUUUGGAGCCAAAAGAGAUGCAGGAAUUUCCUAUCGAAGAAUAUGAAUUGCCACCUACACCUCCUAAUCACCCACCUGGAUCUAUUGUAUGGAAUCAUAAUAAGGAUUUUUCUCAGCAAGAGUCUGAAAAUAAGGAUAAUAUUAAUGCUGAGGAGAGCAUUAACCAUACACCUUUGAAAUCUGAAGACCCUUUAUUUAGAAAUAUAGAAUACUCAGGAAUGAGUUUAGAUGAACAAAUUAAAAGAUCUGCAAGAAGGGUGAAAAUUCAAGAAUCAGGGGAAGAGUGCCCUGAUUUGACUUGAACUGAAGUGAAAUUAAAGAUAGACUCAGUCAAAAAGCAAAGGCAUGAAGAAGAGUAUUCUGAUCACUUUGUUUUGACUGAAGAAUCAGAUUUUGCUAUUAAAUCAGCAGUUGCUGAAGAUUUAAUGAUACUGGAAAGUAAUACACAAGCAUGCUCAGAUGAUGGAAGCCAAGUUUGAGACUGCUCUACCCCAAAAAUUGAAAGAAAAUCAAUAGCAAUUCAGACAGAUAAGAAAGAAUUAGAAAAAGGAGCUUAUUUGAGGAGAAGUGCAAGGCUGGCAGCUAAAAGAAAAGCUAUGACUGAUCUGAAGAGAAAAAGACAUGAAGUUGGAGGAGUUUUGUCGCUAUCAGCACUAAGGGGUUCUACAAAGAAAAUAAAGAAAUAA